GUGGGCCGAAGGACGGACGGAAAACAACUGUGCGCAGGCAACAUGACUCCAUCAGUGUGGGGACUGCUCUGUCUCACUGGCCUCCUGGCAUCGGGAACUCUGGGAAGUCUUCCACAGUCUGGGUCAUGCAACCGGAAGAUUCACUCAAUUAGUCCUUUAAUCCCACGAGUGUCCCCGCAAAUCCCUCCGAGGGUCCAUCAGCGCUUUGAAGACAUCAAAUCUAUCGAACAAACCUCUGAUGAACCACCAAGUGCUGAAACAUUCCAAGAGAUGCAGCUGGGUGGCUCCACAUCCCGAGGCUUCCAGCAGCAGGGUGCCCGGGCAGGUGCCAACAACUACCUGACGCAGGAGACACGGACAACCGACAGUGGAGCUGGUGGCACUAAUUCCAGGUUUUAUCGCUAUCAGCCCUCCCAUCAGCAGCCGCCAAAGACAAGCCAGCCGCUCUCACAGCUGCAACACAAAGCCACACCAUUUGCAUCUCGUCAGCCUGCUCGACUCUCGAGUGGCUCUUCCGCAUCUAUGAGAACCGCCGCAGCAACAAGGUCCAACUGCAGAAAUCGUCCUAUAGACUUGGUCUUCAUCAUAGACAGCUCCCGCAGUGUACGCCCUGCUGAGUUUGAGAAGGCCAAGGAGUUCCUGCAAGACAUGGUGGAUAGCUUGGAGAUCGGUUCAGACACGACACGAGUUGGCCUCGUCAAUUACGCCAGCACAGUGCAGAUCGAGUUUAUGCUGAAGACGUAUGUUGAGAAGUCUGCCCUGAAGCAGGCGCUGGCUCGCAUCGAGCCCCUCGCUUCAGGCACCAUGACAGGCAUGGCCAUCAAGACUGCCAUGGAGAAAGCUUUCACGGCGGAUGCAGGGGCCCGAUCUACCUCCAUGAACAUUGCCAAAGUAGCCAUCAUAGUGACAGACGGCAGGCCCCAGGAUAAGGUAGAGGAGGUAUCAGCAGCCGCUCGGGCAUCUGGCAUCGAGAUCUACGCAGUGGGAGUAGACCGAGCUGAUAUGAUGUCACUCCGCCUCAUGGCCAGCCCCCCAUAUGAUGACCAUGUCUUCUAUGUGGAGACCUAUGGUGUCAUAGAGAAGCUCACUUCCAAAUUUAGAGAAACCUUGUGUGGUAAGGAUGAUGAUAAUGGGAGUGCGGAUAUUCCAUUAGAUGGCGGACUAAGCCUAGAUGGCAGAAAAGACGGUAAAAAUAAUGAUAGAGAAAACAACGGUUUGGAUGCAUGUUCUCAGGGACACAAUUGCCAGCACAUUUGUGUCAACAAUGGCAUCUCAUACAGCUGCAAGUGUCGAGCGGGCUAUGUCUUGAACCUGGACAAGAAAACAUGCUCACGUUCAGAUACAUGUGCCCAAGGACAUGACUGCCAACAUAUUUGUGUCAGCAAUGAUGAUUCGUUCAUCUGCAAAUGUCAAGAGGGAUAUGUGUUGAAUGCAGACCAGAAAACAUGCUCACGUUCUGAUCCAUGUGCCCUUGGACAUGAGUGCCAGCACAUUUGUGAAGGCAAUGAUGACUCGUAUUUCUGCAAGUGUCGAGUGGGAUAUAAGUUAAAUGCAGACCUCAAAACGUGCUCACGUUUGGAUACAUGUGACCAGGGACAUGACUGCCAACAUAUUUGUGUUACAAAUGGUGAUUCAUACCUUUGCAAGUGCCGUGAGGGAUAUAUGUUGAAUGCAGACCUGAAAACCUGCUCAAGUUCAGAUACAUGUGCUCAGGGACAUGAUUGCCAACAUAUUUGUGUCAGCUAUGAUGACUCAUACAUCUGCAAAUGUCAAGUGGGAUAUGUGUUGAAUUCAGACCAGAAAACAUGCUCACGUUCAGAUGCAUGUACCGAGGGACAUGACUGCCAACAUAUUUGUGUCAAAAAUGGAAAUUCUUACCUUUGCAUGUGUGAUGAGGGAUAUGUGUUGAAUGCAGACCAGAAAACAUGCUCACGUUCUGAUCCAUGUGCCCUUGGACAUGAUUGCCAGCACAUUUGUAUAAACAGUGAUGACUCGUACAUCUGCAGGUGUCGAGUUGGAUAUAUUUUGAAUCCAGACAAGAAAACAUGCUCACGUUCAGACACGUGUGCCCAGGGACAUGACUGCCAACAUAUUUGUGUCAGCACUAAUGACUCAUUUGUCUGCAAGUGUCAAAUGGGAUAUGUGUUGAAUGCAGACAAGAAAACUUGCUCACGAUCGGAUGCAUGUGCCAUGGGGCAUGAUUGCCAACACAUUUGUGUCAACAGUGAUGACUCGUAUAUCUGCAAGUGUCCUGUGGGAUAUGUAUUGAAUGCAGACCAGAAAACAUGCUCACGUUCAGGUUCUGAUGCAUGUGCCCAGGGACAUGACUGCCAGCACAUUUGUGUCAAUAAUGGGAACUCUUACAUCUGCAACUGUCGAGUGGGAUACGUGUUGAACAUGGAUCACAAAACAUGCUCACGUUCGGAUGCAUGUGCCCAGGGACAUGACUGCCAGCAUAUCUGUGUCAACAAUGGGAACUCUUACAUCUGCAAGUGUCGAGUAGGAUACGUGUUGAACAUGGAUCAUAAAACAUGCUCACGUUCAGAUGCUUGUGCUCAGGGACAUGACUGCCAGCACAUUUGUAUUAACAAUGGUGACUCAUAUACCUGCAAGUGUCGAGAGGGAUAUGUGUUGAAUGCAGACCAGAAAACAUGCUCACAGGAAAUGAGAAGUGAAAUCACUCAAGAUGCCUGCAUGUGUGAAGCUCAGAUUGUGUUCCAGAAGAAAGUGCAGUCAACCAUUCAGGAGCUGAGCAGAAAACUUGAUGAACUUUCAGACAAAGUUAACCUGAUUGAGGGCCAACAGCAGUAGCGAUGGAGAUGUCGGAAAAACCUCAGGGCUCUGAGUGUAUCAAAUUUUUGUGACCAGACAAAGUCAUCUGUAACCAUCAAAAUCUCCCUAAAAAUGUCUGAUUUGGUAGAAAUCUGCAUGGUACUGAUUUCUCAAGCAGUAAACUGUUGUAAUUACUGUUGUGUAUUAUAAACCUGCAUUCUGCAUUCACAACACUGUCUGUUAUUACUUCUUACAUUAAAAUCAGGUAUAACUGGUGUAAAUGUUUACAUAUACCUGUAUUUUUUAGUAUUACUAGAUUGCCUCCACUGAGUUAAGAUUCAAACUAUGUAAGAUAAUUUACAGAAAAGAUAUGGUACAAACUUCUAAAAAAAUAUAUGUAUGAGAAAUCGUUAAACAAUGAAUGUUUUUCUUGUGGAGUGUACCACAUCCUUGUGUAUUUAGUGAGCCGAGAGCAUUUCUUGGUCAGUGUUCUUGUGUUCUAGGUAGAACACAAAGCCUCCAUCCAUAACCAUAACACAACAACUAAUCUCUUAUACAACAAGAGCAUUGUUGUUACCCUUCUGAUUGCAUCACUAUUACACAGAGAAAAGACCAAAAAAAGCCUGGUCCAAUUGGCCCAUGGCAGUGUUAUAUCACAGUGAAUUACUAUAAUCCUUUUAUUUGAUACCUGAAAUAUUUCAACUACUUUAUAGCACAACAUUGAUUGGUAAUAAUUGUUUUGUUUGUAACAGACAGGUGCAGUUGCGUUGGGCUUAGAGGGAAAACUGUUUAGGGAGUUCAUGGUUGUUUGGGCCAGUUCAGUUCUUUGCACACUUGGCUAGUCUUGGACCAAAGUCCGGGCCAUUAAAGACAAUUUUCAAUGCACUAAAUUUUGAAAUCAUUGCAUUUUGAGUUAAAAUCCACUUUACUUUGUAAACAGUUAAAACAGUAUUUCACUGUACAGUAUAUGCUUUUUUAGUAACUUUUAUUUUUAUAGCAUUUUCAAUUCAACUGACAGUAGUGUAAAACAGAAACAUAAGAAUAUUGUCAGCUAAUAUCAAAGACAGAUACACAAGUAUACAGGGGUUUGAACAUCACUGCUUUAUUUUAAAUGUACAGUAUUUUCUUCAUACAAUACACACAUGUUCUGUGUUUACUACUUUGUCAUUGCCAUGAAACACCUGAAGCUGGUGAAAUGAAUAUUUGUGGUGUAAACUGACUAUGCAUGACAUAUUUUGGUGCUUUUGUGAUAGAAAACGACUUUUCCUGUAUAUUUUCUGUUGGGAAUAUAGUUGGACAUGGAUAAUAAAUAUUCUGAAAUAAUCGAUCAUA